CGCGAACUCUGGAGCACUUCCGCCCUGUUGUGAAGUGGGUGUCUCGGUGGAGCCUUGGGGGAGCAGUCCUUGCCUCAGAAACCCCAUGGAGGAUGCACUAUAGAUGCAGGAAGCCGAAGACAGCCCAGCUGAAGUGAGGCAUCCAGGCUAGACCAUGGCUGUGGUCUUGGACUCUUGGGCCCAAGCCUCUUCCCCACCAGAGCCUGAAGACUUCCUGAUUGUAAAACUGGAGGAGGACUCAUGGGGAUCAGAAUCCAAACCCCUGGAGAACCACCAUGACCCUGUCCCUGGGCCCGAGGCCUCCCGCCAGCGUUUCAGGCAAUUUCAGUACAGGGAUGCGGCUGGACCGCACGAGGCCUUCAGCCAGCUCUGGGCUCUCUGCUGUCAUUGGCUGAGGCCAGAGAUCCGCCUCAAAGAGCAGAUCCUGGAGCUGCUGGUGCUGGAGCAGUUCCUGACUAUCCUGCCCAAGGAGGUCCAGACCUGGGUGCAGGCGCGCCACCCCGAGAGUGGCGAGGAAGCAGUAGCCCUGGUGGAGGAUUGGCACCGCGAGGCCCAGGCCGCAGGACAACGGGAAUUGGAACUGUGUGCAAAAGAGGCCAAGUCCUUAAAGGCAGUGGAAGAAUCUCAGUGCUUCCAGCUACAAGCCAUAGAUCACUGGCCUGAGGAACAGCCCCAGAAGCAGUGGGUGAAGGAUCCAUGUUCUGAUCUUCCCAAGCAUCUAGAUGCUAAGGUGGCACCACAGCCCUUGAAAGAGAGUGCUGUCCUCACUCCCCGAGUCCCUGCUCUCCCCAAGAUGGGGAGUGUUGGAGAUUGGGAGGUGGCAGUUGAGUCGCAGGAAGCCCUGGGCCCUGGCAAACCAGAAGAGAAGGAGUUCUGUAAGGACCCCCUGGGAGAUGACUGUGGAGACCAUGUGUGCCUGGGAGUUCCAGUUUCAAAACCAAGUGUCACCUCUCAGCAAGAGCAAGGACCAGAGUUUUGGGGCUUAAGCCCUGUAAAUUCUAGGGAAAGGAAUGCUGCAGAUUAUAGCCCGGAUGAGGAGCAAACAGAAGCAGCCCCAGCAUUGGCCUGGAAGGACUCUAGGGCAUGGGAGGAACAGUACCAGUGGGAUGUGGAGGACACGAAGGUGUCGGGUGUUCACUGGGGCUACGAGGAGACCAAGACCUUCCUGGCAAUUCUCAGUGAGUCUCCUUUCUCUGAGAAGCUCCGCACCUGCCACCAGAACCGCCAGGUGUACCGGGCCAUCGCAGAGCGGCUAAGGGCUCGAGGCUUCCUGCGGACACUGGAGCAGUGUCGCUACAGGGUCAAAAACCUCCUACGGAACUACCGGAAAGCCAAGAGCAGCCAACCCCCAGGGACCUGCCCCUUCUAUGAGGAGCUGGAGGCCUUGAUGAGGUCUCGGAUGACCGUCAGAGCCACAGACAGCCCAGGAGAGGCCAUGGCACUCCCCAGGUUGGGGGACAGUGACGCCGAGUUGGAUGAGCAGGAGGAAGGGGGCUGGGAGCCUGAGGAAACAGCAGAAUGCUGUAACGGUGCCGGCCCGGCCACUGAGGAGUCUACCCAGGGACACAAGAUUUCAGGGGGCCCAAAUCUGCUCCAGAGUCGAAUUGCAGGUGUGCACUGGGGCUACGAGGAGACCAAGACCUUCCUGGCAAUUCUCAGUGAGUCGCCUUUCUCUGAGAAGCUCCGCACCUGCCACCAGAACAGCCAGGUGUACCGGGCCAUCGCAGAGCGGCUGUGUGCGCUGGGCUUCCUGCGGACACUGGAGCAGUGUCGCUACAGAUUCAAAAACCUCCUUCGAAGCUACCGGAAAGCUAAGAGCACCCAUCCCCCAGGGACCUGCGCCUUCUAUGAGGAGCUGGACUCACUGAUGAGGGCUCGGACUUCAGUCAGGGCCCUGGCGACUGUCAGGGAGGCCCCAGGGCUCCCUUGGUCUGGGCAGAGCAGUAUUGAGACCUGGGCUGAGAUGGCAGGCGAAGAUGCCAUCAAGCCUGGAACUCCAGACACAGGCUUUGAGAUGAGGUGUGAGGACGGAGAUCAGCCUUCAGAGCAGGACGCUGUUGAGGAGCUGCCUGGGCACUUAUCAGAAUGGACUCCAGACGCGAUUUGCCAAGCUGGUGACUGGGGGGAAGACAGUGACAAUGAAAACAAUGGCGAAGGGGCGUGGGAAGACCCCCCAGAGGAACAGUGGGAGGAGUGUUCUUCUGAAGAGGACUUAGAAAAACUCAUCGACCAUCAAGGCCUGUACCUUGCAGAGAAACCCUACAAGUGCGACUCCUGCAUGCAGAGCUUCAGCCAGAGCUCCCACUUCCUGGCUCACCAGCAGAUGCACACAGAGGAGAAGGCCUACUCAUGCGGGGAGUGUGGGAAGGGCUUUCGUCACGGCUCCCACUGCAGUACCCAUCAGAGACUCCGCGCUGGAGAGGAGCCCUACAGAUGCCUUGAAUGUGAGAAAAGCUUUAGCGAUCACCCUAGUCUCAUUGCCCAUCAGAAAACGCACAUAGGAGAAAAGCCCUAUAAAUGUGGGGAAUGCUGGGAAAGCUUUAACAAGAGCUCAAACCUUCUGAAACAUCAGAGGAUCCACGGGGGAGGGAACCUGGACCCACGUGGUGAGCCUGGGGAGAACUUGGGCGGAAACCCAUCUUGUAGCCCCCGCCGAAGGAGAGCCGCGGCGGAGGCGGCUCCCGAAGAGCCUCCGCGUGUCAGGAAGAACCUUCGUGCUUCCGGGCUACACGGCGCCAACUCAGGGGAGAAACUCUAUCAGUGUCCGGAAUGCGGAAGAAGCUUCUCCAAGAGUUCUGCCCUCAUCAGUCACCAAAGAAUCCACACAGGUGAGAAGCCCUACGAAUGUGGCGAGUGUGGGAAAAGCUUCAGUAAGAGCUCCACUCUCGCCAACCACCAGCGGACCCACACUGGGGAGAAGCCGUACAAGUGUGCGGACUGCGGCAAGUGCUUCAGCGAGCGCUCCAAGCUCAUCACACACCAGAGAGUGCACACGGGAGAGAAGCCCUACAAGUGCCUCGAGUGUGGGAAGUUCUUCCGCGACCGUUCUAACCUCAUUACCCACCAGCGGAUUCACACGGGAGAGAAGCCCUAUCAGUGUCGUGAGUGUGGGAAAUGCUUCAACCAGAGCUCUAGCCUGAUCAUCCACCAGAGAAUCCACACUGGGGAGAAGCCCUACAAGUGUACGGAGUGCGGCAAAGACUUCAACAACAGCUCUCACUUCAGCGCACACCGCAGAACCCACACAGGGAGGAAGGAGUCCUAGGAGGCCCUCCCCCAGCUCCGAAGGCCGUCAGUGUCUGUUUACGUCUCCCAAGAGCAUAAGACACAUGCUAGAAAGAACGCUUCCUGUUUGUAAGCUUGGUGUAUGCCCAGGGAGGUUCUCUUGGUGUAAUCCAGGUAAUUUGGAAGUGAAUUCAAACACUAAGGAUCCAUAUUUGAAGGCACUUUCCUCAAGUGUCGUUUGUUUUCCUCCUGUAAAAAGCACCACACCACACAAUCCUCAGGCUGUCCUUGUAUUUGCUGUGAGAGCUUUAGCAGUAUUUGAGCCUAACUGCUUAAGUAGAGGAUCAGGGUUAAACAGUGACCCCAGCACUGAGUUAGGCAGGGAUCACCAACUCUUGCUUUGCUGUGAGUGUCCCUGUGCGUACACCCCUCAUCUGCAGUGGCUUUCAUACUGGUGGUUUGCAUUUGGGGCAUGUCCUCCCAGAGAACUUUGAGACCUGCUGGGGAGAAAGGGGCACAGUCUCACCUCGAUGGCUAAGAACAGUCCACCGUGAGCUCGGCAAAGUGUAGGAACAAUCGUGACCCUGUUACAAAACCAUUAAGAACAGUGAAAACAGCCAGUGUUUAUUAAGCAUCUGCUCUUUGGCAGGUUCUGUGCUAAGCACUUUAUAUACAUCAUCUCAUUUAGUCCCCACAGCAGCCCCAGGCUAGCUCCUGAUGUUCUCUCCAUUCCCCAAGGGAGAAAACUGAGGCCAGGGGGAGCUGAGGAACUUGUGAAGGUCACUCAUCUGAGUGGGGGCGCAGCGGGAGUCCGGCAGGCCUAUCUCCAGAGUGACGAGCUGUUUGUGUAGGGCGGGGGACUCGGGUGCCAGGGGCUCCAACGCUUGGUGGAUCACACCUGUUACUCACUGGAUUCUCCUUUGAACAAAUGUGGAGAUCCUCUAACGAUGAAAGACGUGGGCUCUUCAGCACUAGGGAGGUGUGAUGAGCAAAGCUGAGCUCUUACCAAAGCACUUGCGAGUUUCCAUCUUUACGGUGCCAUGGGCGAGAGAUACAGGUGGCCGAGGUUGGGAACACCACGUAGCCCAAGUGAUGGUUCUUGCAGUGGGAUUCUACGUUGGCUGAGCCAAUGGGGCUUAAGAGUUUCCCCUUUCUCAGGGAUCAGUCAUGCUUCUUGUGAGACCAAGGUUAAACUUCCAGAGUCCUGGGGCCUUUCACCACUCCUCACAGCCUGUGCUUUUGCUUCUCUAUGGUGUGAUGGGAGCUCUAUUCCUGACCUCCAUGCCAAGACUGGGGUAGAAGGAGUUGGUGAGUAUUGCUCUCUACUGGCAGAGGACUUUGAACACUGUUCCACGUUCCAGGUUCUGGUACCAUUUUAUCCUGAGUCUGCUUGCCCCAGGUCUGCCCAGUGCUUUCUGCAUAUUGAUCAUUCAGACCUACCUCCCACGUGGACAGGCUAAGUCAGAAAGGCUUUGGGCUCCAGAGGUUCUCCUUGCAAGGAGUUCCAUUGGGUUGUAAAGGAAAAUCGCUCUCCUGACAUCCCCCUGUGACCUUGAGGUGCUCUUCACACCCGGGUUAUUUUAUGGUCUUGGGAAGUCCCUAUUGAAAAUGGAUGACUGGAAGGUUGGGGCUUUGUGUUCACAUAUGAGGAAGUCAGAGGAGAGGCAGGGCACUCCACAGAACGAGGUCACUCCGUAACCCCUUCCUAUGCUUCAGGACCUGCCUUCCCGAGGUCCAGCCCAUCUGGGACCACCAUCUGUCAGCCGCUUCCCAACACACCCUUCCUGGUUCAUGUUAUCUCACGGGCAGGGGCCAUGGGAUAAGUAGCUACAAGGAGGUGGUAGUGAGAGAGGAAGGGUCAGGAACUGCAAGAGUAGGUGAGAUCAGAGAGGAAGGGUCCCUGCAGUGGGCAGGUGCUGUGGUGUGAAAACAUGUGUUCAGGGUGGGGCUCGGGGCCAUGAGAUGAGCACUAUUGAUGUGUAAAAUGGGGGUGGGGUGUAGUGGGAGCUGCCAUUGGAGGAAUUCUUGGGACAGGGUCUUGUAGGACCUUGUGUAUGAGUGGAGCUUGGACUCCAGGCUCAGGCUGACAUGUUCUGGUAUGCAUUGUCAAAAGCCAUCAGCCGGCAGGCGCCGCGGCUCACUUGGCUAAUCCUCUGCCUGCGGCGCCAGCACCCCAGGUUCUAGUCCCAGUUGAGGCGCCGGAUUCUGUCCCAGUUGCUCCUCUUCCAGGCCAGCUCUCUGCUGUGGCCCGGGAAGGCAGUGGAGGAUGGCCCAAGUACUUGGGCCCUGCACCCGCAUGGGAGACCAGGAGAAGGCACCUGGCUCCUGACUUCAGAUCGGCGCAGCGCACCGGCCGUAGCAGCCAUUUUGGGAAGUGAACCAAUGGAAGGGAGACUUUUCUCUCUCUCUCUCUCUCUCUCAGUGUCUAACUCUGCCUGUCCAAAAAAAAAAAAAAAAAAAAAAAAAAAAAAGCCGUCAGCCUAAUGGAACUUACUGUUAGGGUGGCCUGUUGGGAUACUUAGGAAUAUUCCAGUUAGGAGUGAGGAUCUGGCCUGGAGUAGCAACAGUGAAGCCAGAUGCCUUGGGUGACUGGAGAACCUGUGUCACUCAGAACUGUGUGUGUGAGCUGCAGAUAGGGCAGGUGGGCAGGAGGCUGCACAUCUAGUUUGGGCCAUUUGGAAUGUCGGGUGACCAGAGGACAAUUGGUGAUGCUGUGCAUAUGGCUGUCUGGGCCUAAAGUAAGGGGGGAGGAUAGGACUAGAGAAUUUCCUGUGAUACAUGGUAGUUAAACCCAGGAAAGGGGGAUUAUGUUCAACAUCAAAGAAGUCUUGGGCCUGAGACAGAACUUGAUGGGGAGGAAGGUACCCCUCAAAAUAUACUCCCCACACCUACCACAUCCUCCCAACUCAUGCCAUUCUGUGGACACUGCCCCGCUUUCUGCUGACUCCUGAAUUCUCCAUGAGUUUUCUGGAAUGUUCACUGUAGAAGCCAAGCUGAGCUGUGGGUGGAAGUGAGAUGGUAGCCCUCUCCCCCUUGAGUGUCACCCUUCCCCCUGCUCUUGGUGCCAGUCUCAUGCUUUCAGUGAACAGUUUUGGUGUUUGUAUUGUCUACUGCUCCUUUCUCCUAACUCUUAGCCAUAGGGUCAGCAGUGAAGGCAAGGGCAGCGUGGGCCAGGAGGGAAAGCUGAGGCCAGUGGUCCCUCCCUGGCCACCUGACUCUUCCUUUGCAAGGACUCCGUCAGGGAGUGUCAGUGUUCGGGGCCUGAGCCUUCACCUUGCCAGGUCACCCAGGCCUCCUCCAGCAGAUCUGUGCUGCUCCAGCCGGACAUCUCAUGCCACACACCCUGGGCAUUGCUGAUGCGAGUCUGUUUGUGGGAAGUAGAUUCACACUGCAGAAGCAGAGCCCAGUUCCUCAACUCACACAGCCACAAGGUCAGACUCUGGUUCCAGAAGCCAAGGCUGUGCAUGCUGUCCUGGGAGGGUGUUCUGUGUGAGCUGCCACAGGCAGGACCGCCUCCCCAGGUGGCUGCAGCCCCUUCCCUGAUUCUUGUCCACGCCAAAAAGGGCUUUGGCUCCUCUGAAGUGACCCAAAGGGUCCUCCAGGCCUCUUUGACUCCACAGACCCCUCCAGAGGCAGUGGACCCAAAGGUAGGGGCAGAGAAAGCGGCGCAGGGCAGCACUGGAUACCUAGAUUGUUCUUAGGCCUUGGCGUCAUCACUGAACUCAUGCUUUUGACCCCCUCUGCCUUGCCCCUCCCAUGGCCCCUCCCAUAGCCCUUCCAAGGCAGUGUGAAGUAACCGAGGUCCCCCUUGCUGAAAAGUAGGACCCCUGGGUAGCCCCUUUUCCUACCUCUUCUUGUUCUGAGGCCUUUGGGCCACAGAGGAGAGUGGAGGAGGAGAAACAGCUUUGGGCCCGGGCAGCGGAGAGUGUUGAGAUAGUGAGCGCAGUGAUGUCUGGAGUGGAAGGGAGUGUGGUGGGUGGGCUCCCUCUACCCAGGCUGUCUGAGACUCUGUGCACCAGAGUCGGAGCUCCCAUCAUAUUUGCAUUUUUUAAAAGCCAUUAUGUCGAUGCUGAUGCCUUCAGAUUUGUCUCCUGCUCUAGCCUCUUCUCGUGGGAGCCCAGCUGCCAGCGGGCCAGCCCUGCCUGGUGACUCCCAGGCCCCAGAAACCCCAAGUCCACCUGCAGCUGUUGUCGAUCUGUCCGCCCCACCAGCUCGGCACACAGUGCCUCCCAGACAAGCCGCCUUCACAUGCCCGGGAACUUAGAACUUCAGCCCCAUCCUGGGCCCGUCUGCAGCUCCGUCUCCCUCCCAAGGGCAUUGCAGUUGGGCUUCUCGCCUGGGAGGUCUCUGGAUGGAGUCCCUGCUAAAGCAGCAGCUUCUCUUGCCUGCAUCUUGCUUGCUUCCGCCCUUUGGACAUCCCUCAGCCCCUUCCAUGUUAGCAGCAGACGCCAGUCUUAAGCCCCUGCCACAGUCUGCUGUCUACAGGAGGGGAGGGCUGGGCCUGGGCUGGGUGCUUGACUUGGUCCUCCUUUCUUUCGCACAGCUCUGGGCUCUUCCUCUUCAUCUCUUCACCUCCCGGCUUCGACAUUAUCACUCGCACAUCCGCACUGUCAUUCUUUGCCUCUCUGGAUUGCAACAAACCUGGAGUCGCCUCCAGUGCACAUUUGAGCCAGGGCAAAGGCCGGUCCUUUCCUUCAUUGUUAUUCCCCAGCCUCUGUCCCGCCUUUCCCUCUGUUGUGUCUUUUAUCUGGUCCCUGUUGGCAACCCCAGCAGCCCCCUCCCAUGCUGCUUGGAGGAAGAGGCAGGGAGCCCAAGAAGUGCUGGCUCUUCUCAGUGUGUGGUCAGUUCACCCACUUCUGAAAGCUGGGAGCCCCUUUAAGAACCACUUGGUUAAGUCAAGGGCGGUAAAUGGCAGAUUCCAAGUAAAUGAUUUUGCCUAAACACACUGGACACGCAGAUGGGGUGUCACAUAGACAUUGCUUUUCCAGUCAGGGCACGGUUAGUGAUGGUCUUGUGUGUAGAUGAUGCUUCUGAGCCUGUCUGCUCUUACCCGAUCCUUACUCCUAAAGAGGUAUUUAUUUCUGUGCCAUCUGGAGGGUGAGGGCCAGAAGGGAGACUAGGAAAACAAUGGGGCCGGCGCCAUGGCUCAACAGGCUGAUCCUCCACCUGCGGCGCGGCACCCCAGGUUCUAGUCCUGGUUGGGGCGCCGGAUUCUGUCCUGGUUGCCCCUCUUGCAGGCCAGCUCUCUGCUGUGGCCGGGAGUGCAGUGGAGGAUGGCCCAAGUGCUUGGGCCCUGCACCCACAUGGGAGACCAGGAGAAGCACCUGGCUCCUGGCUUCAGAUCAGCUUGGUGCGCCGGUCGCAGCGGCCAUUGGGGGGUGAACCAACGGAAAAGGAAGACCUUUCUCUCUCUCUCUCUCACUGUCCACUCUGCCUGUCAAAAACAAAACAAAAAAAGAAAAAAGAAAAA